UUGGCCUCUCGGCUGCCAGUGCCCUCUGCCUGCCUCAACCCUCACACCAGUCUCCUCCGUGGGUGCUUCCUGUCUCUCCUAUGCCUCGCACAGCUCUCUCCACCCCCACCCCCUUUCUCUUUUCACGCCUGCUGGCUGAGAGCCCCCCUCCUCGGUUCCAUCUGCUGCAAAUCUGUCCUGCCUGGCGUCUGCAGCAUUCCCACUGCCUUUGCCACCUGUCAGGUGCGUCUGCUCAGCAGACCCCUCUGAGGAGAGCCAAGAACCCCCCAGGGGGGACACCCCAUCCCACCUUUGGUCUUAUCCCUCCACCAUGCAAUCUUCCCAUGCAAUCUUCCCAUCAGAUUGGAUGAGGCAGGUGUAAUCAGUGGAUUAUCCCCAAGGUUCCAAUUUGCAAGAGAUGUUGGGAGCAAGACAUUCCAGAAAAUUCAGUGGCAGGGAGAAAGCUGCUAAUUCUUCCUCUCCCAUCAGUCCCCAAAGGAGCCAAGCCACAGGGGAGCAUGGAGCUGCUGUCCACGCCCCACAGCAUCGAGGUCAACAACAUCACCUGUGACUCCUUCCGCAUCUCCUGGGCCAUGGAGAACAGUGACCUGGAGAGGGUCACCCAUUACUUCAUUGACCUUAACAAGAAGGAGAAUAAGAACUCCAACAAGUUCAAGCACCGGGAUGUCCCCACCAAGCUUGUGGCCAAGGCCGUGCCACUGCCCAUGACAGUGAGAGGCCACUGGUUCCUGAGCCCCCGCACAGAGUACAGCGUGGCCGUGCAGACCGCCGUAAAGCAGAGUGAUGGAGAGUACCUGGUGUCCGGCUGGAGCGAGACAGUCGAGUUCUGCACUGGGGACUAUGCCAAGGAACACCUGGCCCAGCUGCAGGAGAAGGCCGAACAGAUCGCAGGCCGCAUGCUCCGCUUCUCUGUCUUCUACCGCAACCACCACAAGGAGUACUUCCAGCAUGCCAGGACCCACUGCGGGAACAUGCUGCAGCCCUACCUGAAGGACAACAGCGGCAGCCAUGGCUCUCCAACCAGUGGCAUGCUCCACGGCGUCUUCUUCAGCUGCAACACAGAGUUCAACACAGGCCAGCCGCCUCAGGACUCCCCCUACGGCCGCUGGCGCUUCCAGAUCCCUGCCCAGCGCCUUUUCAACCCCAGCACCAACCUCUACUUUGCAGACUUCUACUGUAUGUACACAGCUUACCACUACGCCAUCCUGGUGCUGGCCCCCAAGGGCUCCCUGGGGGACCGCUUCUGCCGUGACCGCCUGCCCCUCCUGGACAUUGCCUGCAACAAGUUCCUGACCUGCAGCGUGGAGGAUGGGGAGCUGAUCUUCCGCCAUGCCCAGGACCUCAUCCUGGAGAUCAUCUAUACCGAGCCUGUCGACCUGUCCCUGGGCACCUUGGGGGAGAUCAGCGGGCACCAGCUCAUGAGCCUGUCCACUGCUGACGCCAAGAAAGACCCCAGCUGCAAAACCUGCAACAUCAGCGUGGGCCGCUAGGGACUCCUGGGGAGGUGGGGGGCUAGAGAGAGAUGACAGGCAGGGUGGCGAUGGGUGGCCUAGGUUCAGGGAGCUGGCUUUCUCUCCCCUGCCCCCCCUCCCCCCGCUCCCUCCACGCCACGGCCUCCCCCUUCCCCACCCCGCAGGCGUUAGAGGCAACAGAGGGCGGUCCCCUUGGUGGGCGUGGCCUAUUCAACGUCUGGUGGACUUGGAAAGGCUUCUUAGCCGCGGUAGGUUGGUGGAAGGAGGGUAGAUCUCUGGAGAUUUCCCCAUUCCCGGUUUCCCCGUCCUGCUGUUUCUUGCUUCAUUCCGGCCUCCACUUAACGGAGACUCUCAGCCUGGGGGCUUUCGCUGAGCAGCCCACCCUAGCCAAAGCCCACGAGUUGCUUGCCCGCCCCCAGAGGCACAGCAGAGAGAUGCGGGGUGCUCCUUUUUAGCCCCGCCCACCCCACUCAGGGCCAACCACAGAAUGCCCCUCCCCGCUCUGCUGGGCCGGGGACCUCCCACUUCAGGCCUGGCCCUUUCCCUCUAUACAUAGUCUCUUGCACCGCUCUGCCCCCCAGCUGCUCCUUGACUCCCAGCACCCUCUUCCUGCAUGGGGAGAGCUGUCCCUUCCUUUCUCCAUCUGCCCUCUAGAAAGGGGCCCUCUUUUUCCUCUCGGCUUUGGGGGCUCCGGGCUGUUGGGACUUUUCCUUUCUUACCUGGAGAUGAUAAAUACCCCAGCAUACCUUCUCUCUUGCUCAGAGCACUGAGGUCUGGUUCCCCCAAUGGCAGCCACUGGGGUUGAGGAGGGGGAAAGAGACCCCUGAGACCCAGAGGUACCCCUUUUAGGCCAGGAAUGGGCGGCCUCACGCUCCGAGGGGACCCAGUGUGGAACUAGAAUUGAGGGCUUUCCCUAAGAGCCCUGGCACCCUGCCUGACUGUGCGCUUUGCUCGCUCUCUUUGCCACGGUUCCGUGACUGCCCUGUGCCUGUGUGUGACCUGGACUGUGGCUUCCCUGCCACCGCACCUCACACCCCACCCACUGGCACUGUCUGCUCCCCACUGCGAGCCUGUUGGCAAAGAGCUCCUUCCCUGGGGAGUUCUUGAUGAAGUCUUCCUGGGCUUCCCAGCGUUUUUGCCAAUUUCCUACUUUUGUAUGGGUCAUGAGGGUGGUGAGGGUGAACCCCUGAGAUAGGCGGACCAGGUCGGGGGGGUGCUGGGUAGAGGUGUGGAUGAAGGCAGCUAGCUGUUUGGGGGAUGACGGAGGUGAUGUCAGGCAGAGGACAACAGCCCCCACAGUGAGAGCCGGAUUUCUGUGAUGAAGUACAGAAGGGGCCAGCAGGCCAACAAGGCCAUAUCUCAGUAAGGGCACAGGUGGGACAGCUGGUUGCCUCUUGUGUAGCCACGGGGAGUGGUGUGGUCAGCUGUCUCUGUGGCACAGAACAGGUCUGGGGGCCCUGGGAGAUGCAUGGAGGAGAGGACAUGGGCCCCCAGGCCUUUUCCGCCUCUGCUGACAGCAUUGCUGUGGGGGUGGCCCACUGCUCUCCCCUGGCCCUGUGUCUGCCCUGAGCUGGGGGCACACCUGCCUGUGUUGUGCUUGCAUCAAUAAACCACCAUGGCCUGAGA